AUGAUGUUUUCCAGGCUUAGUGACUACGGAGUUGCAGAAAUAACAUGGGAAAAUGGUCAGCCAGCCAUGCAUGGCCUUGGAAGGGCUAAUGAAACACUAGAAUCCAUUGUUCAUCAAGCCACAACAUGUUACAACCAAAGUCAAAAUCAAGAAAUUGACCUACAACAAAGUCAAAGUUUGCCAAGAUCGCGUAAUCUGAGCUCUAAUGUUGCAUCUUCCAGUGGGAAAUGGGGCGAUAGUGCAGGCCAGAGUUACCUCAAGAAACGGCCACGAUCAUCUGCGAUUUUCCAUGAUGAAUGUGUAAGAAAUUUGGGGACUGCAACUUUACAAGAAGAUAAUAUCAGCAAUGGGGCUACCAUAAAUUCGAAACAUAAUGACACAACAAUGAUGACAUGGCCUUCAUUCGACUCACCGAAUCAGAGCUUGAAGAGCAAAAACACAGACGAUGAUUCUGCUUGUCAAUAUGGAUCGGAAAAUCAAGAAGAAGAAUGCAGGAAUGAGGGUGAAACAGUUCGAUCUCAAUCAAGUAGGCGAAGCAGAGCUGCUGCUAUUCAUAACCAGACCGAACGGCGACGACGAGAAAGGAUCAACCAGAAGAUGAAAGCUCUGCAGAAGCUGGUGCCUAAUGCUAAUAAGACGGAUAAAGCUUCGAUGUUGGAUGAAGUGAUCGAUUACUUAAAGAAGCUACAAGCACAAGUGCAAUUGAUGAAGAACAUGCCAAUUUCACCACCACAAAUGAUGAUACAAUUGCAGCAACAACAACAACAGCAGCAGCAACAGCAGCUUCAAAUGUCUAUGCUAACUCGAAUGGGAAUGGGAUUCGGCCUUCAAAUGGGGAUGCCCGGAGUUAUGCCUCCGCCAGCUCAUCAUCCAUUCAUGGUCCCACAAACCAUGAUCAGUCCCACCCAUGUAGGCACCACGUCACAAACAAUCCCCACUCGGCCGUCCACCAACGCCACAGUUCCGUUCAGCGAUCCACACAGCACAAUUCUAGCACAACAUAUGAACUUGGAUAUGUACAACAUGGCAGCGUUCUACCGGCAACAAGUUAACCAGGGGAAAUCAAUCGGCACGAGCUCGUCUAAAUCGAACCAUAUCCGAGGAGAAUGAUGAAGAAAAGCAUCUUCUAGUUACUGUUACUGUUAACAAAUAUAUACUUACAAUUAAGCAUGCAUUACUGUGUUGAUCAUGUAAGCACUAUUUUUUAUGUAUUUGUUGCUAGUAUCAAUUGUGCUGGUUUGUUAUAAUAAA